AUGUACCAACUAAAACGCACCACCGUUACUGGUCACAUCAUUACCAUUUGGCUCUCCAAGGAAGCACACAGGCCAGCAUUGCCAGCUGCAGUAACCUCCCCUUUGCUAUCGAUGCCCCACUCCUCCUCUCUUUCUUUCCUUCCCUGUUCCUCUAUCCUUUGUUGGAUAUUUGUCAACGUUCCCUCUUCUUCCUGUGGCACGCCAGGCAAGCAUUUGGCGCAGCACUGCCGCCUGGAGUACCCUUCGGGUCUCAACGUGGUGCUGUGGGUCAUAGCAGAGAUCAAUGUCAUCGCCAGCGACAUUCCCCAAGUGGUGGGCACAGCCAUCGUUCUUAACCUCCUCUUAAUGUUUCAUACCACCUCCCUGAUUCACCCGCCCUUUCCUCUCUUUCUCUUCGUCUCUCCUCCCUGCAGUGGUGGGCACAGCCAUCACUCUCAACCUCUCGUGGUGGGUACAGCCAUCGCGCUCAACCUCCUCUUCCGCAUCCCCCUGUGGGCCGGGGUGCUUAUAACGGGCUGCAGCGCCCUGUUGCUCCUUGCCCUCGAGAGAUUCGGGGGUGCUUAUAACGGGUUGCAGCGCUCUGCUGCUCCUUGCUCUCGUGAGAUUCGGGCGGAGAUGGUCAAGGCGUUACAGCUGUCAGACGUGGGAGAACUCUUCAAGGGCAUGGUCGUGCCUCAGCUGCAAAAUGUGGGAGCACUUGCAGUCGCCAUCUCAAUCCUUGGGGCCACCGUCAUGCCGCACAAUCUCUACCUUCACUCCGCCAUUGUUCUCAGCCGCAAGCAUGCGGGGACCACCCGAGCUAUCAGGCCCCUCCCUCUUCCCUCCACUCAGACCUCCAACCAUUGCUCCCUCCUCAAUCUCGCCUUGGCGCUGUUCCUCAGCCUAGGCAUCAGCACUUGUCUCCCUCCCGACCCCAUGCUACCAAACCCCUUCCCCUCCCCUUCUUUCAACCCCUUCCUCCACCCCUCAGACUGCCAGCCACUACUCUCUAUUGGAGCUCGCUCUGGCGCUGCUGAUGAGCGUGGUCAUCAACAUUUCUCGCUGCUGAUCAGCGUGGUCAUCAGCGUGGCAAUCAUUGCUGUGUCCGGCGCUGUCUGUCACUCCGCCAGUCUGCCGCCCGGCGCCGCUCAAGCGUGUGCCAACAUCAGCAUCAGCAACGCGCACGUGCUGCUCACGGACGUGCUGGGAAAAUGGGCAGGGACGCUGUUUGGAGUGGCGCUGCUGGCAGCAGGGCAGAGCAGCACAGUCACUGGGACGUAUGCCGGGCAAUACGUGAUGCAGGUGGGGUUAGGCACUAGGCGGGUCAGCAUGUGA